AUGCUCCUCCCACGGUUACAACCGCCAUUGCGAGCGGCAAUUACAUCAAUCGGACGGUCGUCGCAGCAAGGAUGUCUCAAUGAAGCUUUUGCCGCGUUGGCAAUUCGACCAGCGGCUUCGAGCGUUGGACCGGCGAGCUUAACAUUCGUGAGACAUGCAUCGCAUGCUCAGCAGGGAGCUGUGAAUAAAGGAAAGGAUGGACCGGGAAAGAGGUUGGGUGCUAAGAAAUCUGGAGAACAAUAUGUUAUCCCAGGAAACAUCAUCUUCCGCCAACGAGGCACACAUUGGUUCCCCGGCGAUAACUGCGCAAUGGGACGAGAUCAUACUAUCUACGCUACUGAAUCAGGAUACGUGAAAUACUACAAAGAUCCGGAGAAACAUCCAAAACGGCAGUACAUUGGAGUCACAUUCGAACGCGAUAUGGUUCUACCUUUACCGCGCAACUCGAUGCGAAGGAGACGUUUAAAUAUGACGGCACAUAAGAUGGAAGUCCCGCCUGUGGUUGUACCGAUAGAAGGGCUUCCUGAAGUUGUGGAGAAGGUGGUUAAAGGGGAACGAAGGGGAGAGGAGGGAAGGAAGUUGGAAAUUGGAGGCGGUUAUGUGUAUCGUGAGGCGAAUUGGGAGAUUGGGAGAGCAGCGGAACGGGCGAAGGUGAGAGUUAAGUUGUUUAAGCCGAGGGAUCGGUGGGCCGCGAGGACGAAGACUUGGAAGAGGAAGAUGGCGAAUAGGGAGAAGAGGGUUGUGAAGAGUGUUAAGAAGAAGGGGAAGAAGAAGGUGGUGUAG